AUGGAAAAGAACAUCUGCUAUCGGCAACGAAGGAGAAAAGAAGUCGUCUACGACGAUUGCGUACUCGAGGACUCCUUGUCCCAAGGUGACUGGCACAUCGAGGAGCAGGAGCACAUCUGCAGAAAAGCGUUGCAGGAGGAUCUUUUGAAAUACAGGCAGAAGAAGAUUCUGGAAGCAGCACAAAGAAGAACGAGUCUAAAGAAGUGCCGCAGGGAUCUCCGCGAAUAUAAUAUUCCGCUAGCAGCCUUGCUGAGCGAAGACGGGACUCGCACGUCUUCUCGUCGUGAGAUGGAAAUCAUUACGGAGAGUGGUGAAGCUCCACCACGGAUUCUCCCUUCGGAAGUACGAGCCGCUAUCAAGAGCAUGAAACCUGGCACCGCCUCCGGACCGGAUUUUAUAUCAGCAGACUUUCUUCGUGCUGGUGGCCAUCCGCUUCAUGUAAUCUUAGCAGAGCACAUGACGUCUUACCUUCAGAAAAUAAGGAUCCCAGACCAAUGGAAGACCUCGCGAACCGUUCUUAUCCAUAAGAAAGGUGACCGAGAGGACCUUCGGAACUACCGUCCGAUAUGCUUGCAGAGCGUGUUAUACAAAGUAUUCACCAAGAUCAUCCUCACGCGCAUAUCUAGGACGCUGGAUGAAGCUCAGCCUCAGGAGCAAGCUGGAUUGCGUCAAGGGUUCAGCUGCUUGGACCACAUCCAGACCGUGUCGAGGGUCACAGCGGUUUGCCGUGAAUACCGCCUGCCCCUUGUUCUAACCCUCGUCGACUAUGAGAAAGUCUUUGACAGCGUAGAAACGAAUGCAAUACUGUCAGCGCUGGUCGAUCAAGCAGGAGGGUUCACCAACUUUUGUGAUCCUCAAACGACUGACCACCACAAUCUAAACAAGCGACAGCCAAGAGCAAACCUGCCAAAGGAUGCGGUACUUAGCAAAGAAGGUUAUUCCGAAGUAAUUGAGAGAGGAGUUAGUAUGACGCAUGAAAUUAAAGAGAGAUAUGACCAAGAUAUGUUGAUGGAAGAUUUCUCUCGAACCUUCCUUUUGCUGACGACAUCGUUCUUUUUGAGCAGUACCAAUGAAGCAAAAACGAUGCUCAACAAAUUGAACGAAGUAGGGAAAAGAAUAGGACUGCGAAUAAACAGAAAGAAGACCCAGUUCAUGAAGAACGCCUACUGCGAGGACAGAGGACCACAACUUGAAGGCUCCCAAAUCGUGGAAACUUCGUCAUACGUAUACCUCGGACGUUCUAUGAACAUGGAAAACGACUUGAAGGAAGAACUGAAUAGAAGAAAGAGAGCAACAUGGGCAGCAUUUGCAGCCGUCAGUGAAGCUACGGACCAACCGAGGGACCAAGAUCUUCGUGCUCAUCUGUUCGGCUCGACAGUUCUUCCAGCGCUCUGUUACGCAGCGGAGACCUGGACACACACCGAUGCAACGUCUAGGAAGCUACUUACUACCCACAUAGCCCUUGAAAGAUGUCUUCUGAAGUUUAACCGGCGCGCACAACAUCUAGCCGGUCUUCGCAGCUCCGACUUGAGAGGAAUGUCCCGUCUUCGCGACCCUGCGGAAUAUGUAUCGAAAGCAAAACAUAGAUAUGCCGGUCACAUCAUGAGAAGAAUCGACGAAAGAUGGACUAAAAGAACGUUAGAGUGGAUCCCAAUAGAUGCUAAACGCCCUCGAGGGAGACCGCCAACGAGAUGGGGUGUUUGCUACACGGGUGGACCAGCUGAGAGCUCAGCUGGAUACGGCUCAAGGACCUCGUCACCGUCACUCACGAAGCUUGAAAACAUCUUGGAUGACAAUGACGAGGGAACGAAACGAGUGGAAGAGAUGCUGGGGCCCGCACGUUGGUGA